GAUCAGAACCAGAAAAGGAAAAAUGAAGGCUGCCGUAUUUGCAUUGGUUUUGAUAUGCCUGGGAAGUUCAUGGACAUGUGCAGGAUCCCAGCCUCUUGAUAGCAGCUCAACAAAUGGCGUCCAGAAGUUUAGCCGUCGUUAUGCUGAAUCAACCAUUGCAAGUGACAUCAGCAAAAUUGUGGACUCGAUGGUUCAGAAAAACUUUGUAAACUAUUUGCUCAAUCAGAGAGAGAAGAAGAGCGAACCAACUAUGGCAGAUGAUUCAGACACUCGCAUCUUCAAUGACCUGCUGAAAAAAGAGUUUGUGAUGUUGGUUCAGAGUAAAGCCGAUGCCUUCAAGAAUCAAUGAAGCUAAACAGGACGUGUCUCUAAAGCAACCUGGAGAACCAACCCUCGAAUUUGAAGAGCAAAGGAGUGU